UUGCGCUUCUACCAACACCUGAUUGUCCAACCCUUCCCUCUUGAUCGCACAAAUACUCAGCAGCAGCAAACUACAUCGAUUCGCAUAUAUCCUCCUUCCCACCCGGCACAAAGAUGUCUGAUUUUGGAGGGGACGAUGAUAUGGGGGACGCCGGAAACUAUGAGGAGGCCAUGGACUACGAAGAUGAGGCAGUGGAGCCUGACAUCUACGACGAAGACGACCAGCAGCACCAAGACCCACAUGCCGCAGAUGAACCAGAUGCUGUAGAGCACAAUCAGGAAAACAAUGUCGUGGUCUCUGGGGACCCAGGCGCUGCAGCUGCGGCAGCCAAGUCCGAACAAAUGAACACGGUCAAGAGCAUGAAGGACAAGAAGGUGCCCAACGAAAAACGUACCACGACGCCAUACAUGACCAAAUACGAACGCGCGCGCGUUCUGGGCACAAGGGCAUUGCAGAUUAGUGGGAAUGCUCCUGUCUUGAUUGACGUGGAAGGUAUGACAGAUCCUCUACAAAUUGCUAUCAAGGAGCUGCGAGAAAAGAAGAUUCCCCUGGUCGUGCGGAGAUUUCUUCCUGAUGGAUGGUACGAGGAUUGGAGUUGCGAAGAGUUGCUGUGAGAGAGAUGGUGUAAUUUUGCAUUUGAAUUGGAGUUUUUGGGGCGGUAAAAGGUGGCAUACCAGGCGACUAGGAGUCUUUAAAGCGCUAUCCACCAGCAUCUUAUUCCCCGAAUCAAUCCCGAAACAGCACAUUUUCUCCGAUGUAAAGUGCCUGUGAAGCGGAUCCGAUGUCCCAAGCUUGAUCUCGCCGGAAUACUUACCUCAUUUGAGGCAAAGGUG